CUGAUACAGGCAAUCUUUUCGUUUAUCAAACAGUAGGAACCUGGAAACAGACUUUCCAACGUUUUGUAAGGGCAGACUAAAAAGUUGGAUUCGGAAAGAUGUCGGGACUCAGAGCGGGCAAGGCCGGUUAUGGCAGAGAUACACAAACGAAGAUCGAUAACUCCUUCGAUCCAGAAGAAGCAAAGAGAUGUUUAGCGUGGUUGCAGUUCAUGACGGGGGAGACGUUCCCCAUCGAGCAGACAAACGAACGCUACAAGGUGAUGGAAAACUUCUACAAAGCCCUGCGUGAUGGGUUCGUCCUUUGCAAAACAAUCAACGUAUGCCUGCCAGACUCCAUGAAGAUGAACUUCCAAAGCAAGACGUUUAACCCUAACUGCAGUGAAGCAUUUCGAGCGGCCAGGGAGCGAGAGCGGAUCGAACUUUUCGUCCUCAAGUGUCAACAGUACGGAAUCCCCGAGGCUAACCUCUUUCAAACGGACUGUCUCUAUGAGAGAACUAACCUUUGGCAAGUUUGUGCAACUAUCAGAGCUUUAGGAACAGAGUUUGAGUCCCACCCUUCAUUCAACGGCCAGAGAUGGUGGCCGAGGAAAUGUGAAGAAAACAGAAGAAACUUUUCACCGGAAAUCCUUAGGGCCAGCGAAGCAGUCAUCUCAUUGCAAUAUGGAACAAACAAGGGAGCCAACCAAAGUGGAAUGAAUUUCGGCAAAAAGAGGAUGAUCAUGAGGGAAUGACAACAUAUAUUACACGAUGUUAGAAUCUGGAUGUCAGCUUAGAGUUUUCUGUAAAAAACCAAAAACUUGUUCGUAACGUGGCUAAACUGUCUGUGGAAAGCUUUCCCGAAUACGAAUGUAAUGGCAAGGGAUUCAAUUUGUGUUCAUGAACUGCUCAGGAUUAUUUUGAAAAUACAUAGUUCUGUGUAGAGAAGGAAAAAAAUACGCCGUCUUGAUAACCUGAUUAGAAAUUUCCGGAUUUACAACAUACACUGUCAUUAUUGUCAUAAAUGAAACCAUGUCCUCUGGGGUUUAGUCUCCACUCUCAGAUUUAUUUAAAGGGAAUAGUACACGUGCUGUCACGGAAUAAUGGAAUCUUUAUGUUUCAUAUCUGGAUAUUUCUAGACAGAUGUUGCCAAAUGUAAAAAAAAAAAAAAAAAAAAAAAAUUAUUUGACUUUGGUUUGAUGUCGGUCUCUGUCGCUUCAACCGUUGUAGAAUGUGUAUAGUGUAGUAUAUUUUACAUUAGUUUUGUUUCAGAAUGUCUAACAGUUUUCAUAUAGUCAGUUCCGGUACAAACAUAGUUUGUACAUCUCCCAUAAGGGUCUCAUCACUAGAUACUUUACCCCAUUCUAAUUAUGGAAGGUCAUGAUCCAGCUGGAAGGAAUGACCUUUCACAGCGUUGAGUCUGUGAUUUAGUCAUACAAAACAUGUCACCAAUUUGGAUGCUCUUUGCAAGGGUCAGAAGAACGACUCUGUAUGGACCAGAAUUUCCUCUUUCCAUACAUGCAGUGUUAUCUGUAUGAUCUGCUUGUGACUUCAGCCUCAGGAGGUCGGCCAAAUCCGUCCAAAUAAUUACAUGCAAUGUGUUCACGAUGCAGAUGGACUUCCAGUUAAAAAGCAGCCAAUGAUGUCAUCACUGCCAAACCAAGAUUUUUACAAACACAAAUAAUUUAUCAAUGAACUUCAAUACUUUGAUGCCUGUGGUUUUUUUUGCUCACAAGCAGCCUAUUGUAAAAUUCGUCAGACUUUUGUAAAAUAAAAUCGUUUAUUUAUACUUUAAAAA